UACAGAUCGAAUGGGAGCAGAAGUGCUGAACCGUUGGAAAAGCAAACGUUGUAGUUGAUGCAGUAGCCUGUUCUUGAAGCCGUGUAAUCUUGGACGGCUGAUGAUGUCCUAGCCUCGCGGGCUAUGCUAGCUUCUCAAUGAUGCCUGCAUGCCCUCUAGCCGGAGUGAGACUCGGUUCUUGCAAACGUCUUCAACCUUUCGCUCGUAAUUUUUUCGCAGCUCAAGUCGCUCGGCAGUCAAACACUCCACCUGCCUCUCUGUACAUUAUGGCGGAAGGUCCGCUCAAGGAGGUGAGCCGAGACGAGGCACUUGGCAUGGGAGAGGGCUAUCGUCACGCCUGCCACGCCAUGUUCUACGCGCCACUGCAGACGAAGCUGUUCUCCCGCUACGACAUGAAUUAUACUGUUAUGAUGCAAAUGCGCUUUGACGGCAAGUUGGGCUUCCCAGGCGGUAUGGUGGACGCCGGCGAGAGCCUGGAGACGGCCUUGAACCGGGAACUUCAGGAGGAGAUGGGGUUUGGUGAUGAGGACGCACUGGGCAUCGACGAGAGUGAGCACACAUCCGUCCAUCUACUGGAGAGCAAGAGACUUUUCCUGCACUUCUACAUGCGGAGAUUGUCGCUAGAGCACUAUGAACGCCUUGAGCAGAUGUCCAUCAAGGCGAAAGAUUACGGCUCAGAGGUCCUGGGCGUAAUUCGUUCCCCGACGUAUCGCAUGGGCGCCACUGACGGUGGCCUGCCGUCGUUCUUGCGCAACAGCUUUGUGGGCAACGCUCGCCAGCAGCUGCUGAAUGGACUUCGCUCCGCCGAAAUCCUGAGUGCAGAGGAGAUACGCACUGCGGAGACGAUAGCCUCCAUGACGCCCACACCGUCCAUACAGACGGUUAACACGUAGCAGGUGUCUACCUUGGCCCCUAUAGAUGCAAGGCCGGAUGCAAACGUUUCUAACUUUCUACUCCAUGCGCCCCGUUCGUUUUCCCCGCUCUAUCCCAUGUGCCAGGCUGCUGAUUGGUGGAUCUGACCUCUCUCCCAUUGUUCAGCACCUGUAUCUGACCCCUGAACAAGUCAACAGCAGCCUUUCCGUCCUAUAAUUCAAGACCGGCAGAUGCUAGCCAUCUGUCUCGGAACAGCUAAGGCAACCAUUGAGUUCUCCAACAAACUAGUGCCAAUACCUGACCGAUGUGUCGCUUGCUGGUUGGUGGAUGUGAUCUUCCGUCCCCGCCGUUCAUUUGCUGCAACUGACACCUGAUCUCGGAGCAGUGGCGUCCCACAGAAACGAACAAGUAGUUCUUGACCUUCUUUGCGCCUAUUUAUUUACGACUUUAUCAUUUGUCUUGAGGGUGUCAUUUUCCCCGGUCAUUCAGCAGUAGAGGUGAAAGCUUGAGGCAGAAUCCAGAGCACUCAAGUAUUUGACGGUUCUUAGAACUGUGGUCAAAACCGGUGUGACGUCGGGACAUAGUGUUGACCUGGCACUAUACUCGUCGUCAUCUGCGGUUCCCAUAAUCACUAAUGCCUUAUUUGACAGGUGUCCACUAGCAAGUGCCAACCUGCACACUUGCUGUACUGACUUCUAAGAAGAAGAAGUAGACAUUCUUAGGGCUUGUUUCUCUUAAAAAGCAAUGCUGCUUAUCUGCGCCAUUAUUGAACGCAUUGUUUGGCAUUGCUUGGCAGUAUUUACCUGUAGGAUGCAAGAAUAAUAGGCGCCACACAUUGCAACCGGCGGCAAAGCUUAAAUCGGCCCUAUGUUCGAAGAGGUCCAUCCACGCAGACAUGUCUUGAUGUCCUCCCCCAUUAUCUAUGGCGUGCGCACCAUAAUGCUGCAAUGACAUGGCUAGCAGUGUGA